AUGACAUUGCAAGUAUUCCAAGAACAUUGGUUGUAUGCAAAAUUUAGCGAAUCUGUGUUUUGGCUGAGAUCAGUAAUCUUCCUUAGUCAUGUUGUGUCCGACCUGGGUGUAGAGGUUGAUCCUAAAAAGAUUAAGGCAGUAAAGAACUGGCUGAGACCCCUCACACCUAUAGACAUCAGGACUUUCUUGGAUUUAACGAAUCACUAUCGCAGGUUUGUUGAGGGUUUUUCCGCUAUUGCUGCUUCAUUGACAUCUUUAACAAAGAAGAAGGUGAUGUUUGAGUGGUCUGAAACUUGUGAAGAGAGAUUCCAAAAGCUCAAAGAACGACUCCCUUCAGCCCUACUUCUCACAUUGCCGAGGAAUGGUGAAGGGUAA